CGCAGCAGGCUCGCAGAAGAAGAGUAGCAGGGGGUCACGCUGGAGCGGGGGUCUGGAAGGUUGCGGACAGUUUCAUCAUUUCUGAGCUUUUCGGCUGAAGUUGAACUUGAGCUGCUUUAUCCGCCGUCAAUAUGCUGAGGUCUGCGGUUUGGCGGGCUGGCAGUGGCCUUCUGAAGCACUCGCGACAGACCGUCCCGGUCCUCUGGGGGACACGGGCUCAGCAGCGCUGGGCCUCCAGCCUCCCCAUGAACACCGUCAUUCUCUUUGUCCCACAGCAGGAGGCUUGGGUAGUGGAGAGGAUGGGACGCUUCCACCGGAUUCUGGAGCCGGGAUUGAACUUUUUAAUACCGAUACUGGACAGAAUCCGAUAUGUACAGAGCCUCAAAGAGAUUGUGAUAGAUGUGCCAGAGCAAUCUGCUGUAUCUCUUGACAACGUGACACUCCAAAUUGAUGGAGUUUUAUACCUCCGGAUACUCGACCCCUUUAAGGCCAGUUAUGGAGUGGAGGAUCCAGAGUAUGCAGUGACCCAGCUGGCACAGACCACUAUGAGAUCAGAAUUAGGAAAACUCACUCUAGACAAAGUCUUUAGGGAGAGAGAGUCUCUGAAUUCCAACAUCGUGCACUCCAUCAACCAGGCGGCAGAUGAGUGGGGGAUUCGCUGUCUACGAUAUGAAAUAAAGGACAUUCAUGUUCCCCCGCGUGUUAAAGAGUCCAUGCAAAUGCAGGUGGAAGCAGAGCGAAAGAAAAGAGCCACAGUUCUGGAGUCUGAGGGAACAAGGGAGGCGGCUAUAAACGUAGCAGAAGGUUGCAAGCAGGCUCAGAUUCUGGCUUCUGAGGGACAGAAAGCGGAACAGAUCAACAAAGCUGCAGGUGAGGCAAAUGCUAUGCUGGCCAAAGCAGAGGCAAAAGCAAAGGCCAUUAGACUGCUGUCUGAAGCCCUAACACAGCAGAACGGAAAUGCUGCUGCGUCUCUCAGCGUGGCGGAGCAGUACGUCUCAGCUUUCUCCAACCUGGCCAAGGAAUCAAACACAAUAAUCCUGCCCUCCAACACAGGAGACAUCUCCAACAUGGUCACUCAGGCAAUGGCUAUUUAUGGCAGUUUAGCCAAGACACAAAAUCCAAAACCGCUGCAGAACGUGGCCGCUGUAACUGCAGAAGCUGAGCUGGAGGAGAAAACAGUGCCUGAAUUCACAGCACCUCAGUCCACUUCCAGCCAUUAACUCAGUGAUUUCAGCCAAGGCCCAGAUACAAACCUCUGAUCCAGGACUUGACUGACACAUGCACACCCAUAAGGAGAUAUUCCAUUCCCGUGGAGAGUCCAACAGAAGGACUAGAGAGACUACACACCCUUACAAUGCUGGUUGUAGGUCGAGAGCGAAUGAAGAAAAUGAUCACAGUGGCUGUUUCUGCUUUAGAGAUGGCAGUAACUGGAGUUUUUUUUUUUCUCUCUUGUGUGUGUACUGUUCCCUUUUGUACCAUUUUUAUUUUGGGAUUUUUGAUGUAUGUUGCAUUUACCCUUCUGCUUUAAGCCCAUGUUUCUGUCAGAAGAUAGAAAAUAUACAUAUUUACAGAUGACUGCAUCGUGUGAACCCUUUAUUAUUGUUUUUUCUGCAGAUACUGAUAUUAAAUCUCUCAUUGGGAAACGUAAA